UUGGAAUUUCCCACAAUUUUGAUUACAUUCUGAGCAAAAUGUUUUUACUGACAAGUCUUAAAAGCCAGACAAAAGUAGCUGCAUGGCGAGUUGUGGUCCGCACUUUAAAGGUCGCCGUUGUGGGCGCCGGAGGAGGAAUUGGACAACCGCUAUCGCUUUUGCUUCGUCGCUGUCCUGGAAUCGACGAGCUGGCUCUGCAUGAUCUCACCGAAAUGAAGGGUAUCGCUGCAGAUCUAUCCCAUGUCAGCCAAACGGGAAAUGUGGUAGGUUUUACCGGGGAACAGGAACUGGAGCCGGCGGUGAGUGGAGCUGAUGUGGUGGUCGUGGCCGCAGGAAUGCCUCGUCUGCCAGGAAUGCAAAGGGAUCACCUGAUGGCCGCCAAUGGGAAUGUUGCAGUGAAAGUGGCCACUGCCGUUAGCAAUGCCUCUCCAGGAGCUCUUCUGGCCUUCAUAACCAAUCCUGUCAACAUGAUUGUGCCCACGGCAGCUGAGGUUCUUAGGGCCCAUGGAACAUUUGAUCCUCGGCGACUCUUUGGCAUUACCACUCUGGAUGUGGUGCGUUCGAAAAAGUUCAUCGGCGACUCUAUGAACAUAUCCCCGGAUGAAGUUAACAUUCCAGUGAUUGGUGGUCAUGCCGGCAUCACAAUUCUACCGCUCAUUUCGCAGUGCCAGCCGAGAUAUAGACGUGAUCUCCAGGAGAUACAAAAACUGACUAAUCGCAUUCAGGAGGCGGGCACCGAAGUGGUCAAUGCCAAAGCUGGUAAAGGAUCUGCCACCCUAUCGAUGGCUUAUGCUGCAGCCACUUUCGUGGACUCUUUGCUGCGUGCAAUUGGUGGACAGGAGGAACUCGUCGAGUGCGCCUUCGUCGCCUCCGAACUAACCGAUGCCCCAUUCUUCGCUAGUCCAUUAAACUUGGGAAAGGAUGGGAUCAAGCGCUAUAUGCCACUUCCCCAGAUGAGUGACUACGAAAAGGAGGCCUUGGAAAAACUACUACCUAUUCUACGACAGAAUGCCGACGAGGGUGUCAAUUUUGCCAGAACGUUUUUGAGUGGACAAUCACGUGCUCCCGUUCCAGCGGCUUUGCCAUUGACUACGAAUUAAUAAAGGAGAAAGCAUUUAUA